UUUAGUCUGUAGUCGCAAAAUAGCAGCCUGCGGGAGGAGACCCUGUAUGAUACCAUCAAGCCCCCCGCCGCCGGCACCGGCCCCUGCAGCGCCACGCUGGCCUCGCCGCCCGGGCGGAUGGACGAGCCGGCGCCCAACGCCCUGGUCGUGCGCAUCGGCAUCCCGGACCUCCAGCAGACGAAGUGUAUGCGGCUGAACCCCGAUGUCCCCAUCUGGGUCUCCAAGCAACGGAUUCUCUGCACCUUGAACCACAGCCUGAAGGACGUGCUGAAUUAUGGCCUCUUCCAGCCAGCCUUCAAUGGCCGGGCUGGCAAGUUCCUGGAUGAGGAGCGGCUGCUGAGGGAAUACCCCCUGAACCCGGACACGCCAGUCCCUUACCUGGAGUUCCGGUACAAGAGGCGAGUGUAUAUCCAAAGCCCCCUGGAUGACAAGCAGUUUGCCAAGUUGCACACCAAGGCAAAUUUGAAGAAGUUCAUGGAGUAUGUGCAGACGUUGAAUGUAGACAAGGUCAGCAGGCUGCUGGAGAAGGGACUGGACCCGAACUUCCAUGAUCCGGACACUGGAGAAUGCCCCCUGACGAUGGCUGCCCAGCUGGAGUACAGUGCCGAUGUGAUUAAAGCCUUGAGGAAUGGCGGGGCCCACCUGGAUUUCCGGACGCGGGAGGGGAUGACAGCGCUCCAUAAGGCUGUCCGGUGCCGAAACCACACCGCCCUGAUGACGCUGUUAGACCUGGGGGCCUCUACAGAUUACAAGGACAGCCGCGGAUUAACGCCUCUGUACCACAGUGCCAUGGUGGGAGGAGACCCCUACUGCUGUGAGCUGCUCCUGCAUGACUACGCCAAGGUGGGCUGCGUGGAUGAGAAUGGCUGGCAGGAAAUCCACCAGGCCUGUCGCUACGGGCACGUGCAGCACUUGGAGCACCUUCUCUUCUACGGGGCCGACAUGACGUCCCAGAAUGCCUCGGGGAACACUGCCCUCCACGUCUGUGCUCUCUACAACCAGGAGAGCUGUGCUCGAGUGCUUCUGUUCCGUGGGGCCAGCAAGGAAAUCCGGAACUAUAACAGCCAGACGGCAUUCCAGGUGGCCAUCAUUGCCGGGAACUUUGAACUGGCCGAAAUCAUCAAAACUCACAAAGAGUCCGAUGUUGUGCCUUUUAGAGAAACUCCCAGCUACACGAAGAGGAGACGGCUCAUCGGGGUGAGCAGCCUCUCCUCCCCCCGCCUGCUGCAGCGGUCUGCAAGCGACAACAAUUUGAAGGCCGAGAGCCGCCCGUCCUACUCUCCGGUGCCCUCGCUCCGCAGCCUGCCCCAACAGCUGCUGGCUCAGAUGCAGGAAGUGGCUGUCGGGGCGGGGCUGGGGGACAGUAGCCUGGUCAGCACGAGCAGCUCCCGGGGCAUCCACAGCCGCUCCCCAUCACUGCAGCGAGUGCGGGAAGAGAAGGAGGCUGACGCCCACACCCUCAGGAGGAGCAGCCGCGGCAAGGCCAGCCCGAGCGCCAGCGGGAGCGGCCCCGGGGGGGCGCCGGGGGCCGGGCCGGGCGUGGAGCCCACCCCGCACGCCGCGCCGGCCCCGCUGCGGGGGCCCAAGAGGAAGCUCUACAGCGCCGUGCCCGGCCGCAAGUUCAUCGCCGUCAAGAGCUACACGCCGCAGGGCGAGGGCGAGAUCCAGCUCAACCGCGGAGAAGCCGUCAAGGUGCUCAGUAUUGGAGAAGGAGGCUUCUGGGAAGGAACGGUGAAAGGGCGGACUGGCUGGUUCCCGGCAGAAUGUGUGGAGGAGGUGCAGAUGCGGCAGUAUGACCCGCGGCAAGAAACCAGAGAAGACAGGACCAAGCGCCUCUUCCGACACUACACCGUGGGCUCCUAUGACAACUUCACAUCUCACAGUGACUACAUCGUCGAGGAGAAGGCGGCCGUGCUGCAGAAGAGGGAGCAUGAGGGCUUCGGCUUCGUCCUGCGAGGGGCCAAAGCGGAGACCCCGAUUGAGGAGUUCACCCCGACGCCUGCGUUCCCAGCACUCCAGUACUUGGAAUCCGUGGAUGUGGAGGGUGUGGCCUGGCGAGCAGGACUUCGCACGGGAGACUUCCUGAUCGAGGUGAAUGGUGUCAACGUGGUGAAGGUGGGUCACAAGCAAGUGGUGUCACUCAUCCGCCAAGGGGGGAACCACCUGGUGAUGAAAGUGGUCUCCGUCAGCCGCAAGCCAGAGUCUGAGGACAUCGUGCGGAAGAAAGCCCCGCCGCCGCCCAAGAGAGCUCCCAGCACAACACUGACCCUGCGCUCCAAGUCCAUGACCGCUGAGCUGGAGGAGCUGGCCUCGAUGCGGAGGAGGAAAGGGGAGAAGCUGGACGAGAUUUUGGCAGCGGCCGAACCCGUGCUGAGAGCGGACAUUGUGGAAGCAGAUUCAAGGGCAGCCACGGUGAAGCAGCGGCCCACCAGUCGGCGCAUCACUCCGGCGGAGAUCAGUUCACUAUUUGAGCGGCAAGGAAUGGCAGCACACGCUGGGCCAGAGAAACCCCACAUUUCACUACGCAAAGGAAUUCCACGGACAAAAUCUGUAGGUGAAGAUGAGAAAUUUGCUGCCUCCAUAAUGGAUGGGAAAUUUCCCAGAAGCACCUCAAUGCAAGAUACUAUCAGAGAAGGCCCCGGCAUCCCACCCCCACCUCAGACCGCUCCACCCCCUCCGCCUUCCCCCUAUUAUUUUGAUACAGGCGCACCCCCAUCCUUCUCUCCCCCUCCACCCCCCGGAAGAGUCUAUGACACAAUCCGGUCCAGCUUUAAGCCAGGCUUGGAGGCCAAGCUCCAUGGUUUGCCCCAGGUCAUAAGCACAGCUGAGAUGUACGACCAAGCGAGGACUCCCGUCCCGUACCCAGAAAGGCAAAAACGGGCCCGCUCCAUGAUCAUCCUGCAGGACUCCUCCCACAUCCCUGUGGAACCCACCGACAUCCCCCGCCCCGGACCUUCUGCCAUGCCCCCCGAGAAGCUGAAGCGGAAGGGCCGUGUGGUCGACAACCCCUACGCCAACAUGGGCCAGUUCAACGUCAGCCUCUUUGCCCCCACCAAGCCCCAGAGGAAGAAAAGCCCUUUGGUGAAGCAGCUGCAGGUGGAGGAUGCUCAGGAGCGAGCAGCAUUGUCUGUUGCGGGGGGCUUCGCUCGGGAGCCCUCCCCCACGCGGCGCAGCCAUCGCCUGAGCGGGAUGGAGUAUCAGUCCCAGGUGGACCCCGCCAGCCUCCCCUUCACCACUGCCAUUGCCGGAGUCAUGAAGGACAGGGAGCGACGCCUGGAUGAGAAGCGGAAAUCCACUGUCUUCCUCUCCGUCGGGGCCAUCGAAGGGAGCCCCCCCACCAUAGAAAUGCCAUCUCUGCAGCAGUCGCGGUCCAUCGACGAACGCCUGUUGGGGAGCCGAGAUGUGCUUCUGCCUUCGCCCGUCUCAGCGCUAAAGCCAUUAAUCAGCAGUUCCUCCUCCACGUUCAUCCAUCCCCUCACCGGGAAGCCCUUGGACCCCAACUCACCCCUGGCACUUGCGCUGGCCGCAAGAGAGCGGGCGCUUUCCACCCAGGUGCCCUCCAGAGUGCCCACCCCAAUCCACAGCCCAGACUCAGAUCGUGCCGCACCCCUAUUUGUGGACAUCCAAACCAAAGAACAAGAGAGGGGGGAGCUGGAGGGCCUCAUAUCACCUGCGUAUUCGCCUGGAGCCAAGGCGCCAACGCCAGGCACUCUGACUCCCACCCAAAGCCACUGGGGGAUACCAACAACUGUGAGGAAGGAGAGUGAGGCACGAGCCGAGACGCCUGUGAAAGAGGAGAAGAAAGCGGAGGACAAGAAAUCGAUGCUCAUCAGCAUAUUGGACACGUCCCAGCAGAAGACGGCGGGCCUCGUCAUGGUGCACGCGACCAGCAACGGCCAAGACCUUGGGCUUGAGAUGCAGGAGGAAAAGCCCCCUGUCCCUGAGGCGGGUCCCGAGCCUGCCGAGGUGCCCACCGUUGAGGCCCAGCCCAGCCCUGUGGGGAAGGCUUCAGUCAGCCCAGUCUCUGACAAGACUCUCGGGCAAGGAAGUUCGGAAGAGGAAGUGGAGCCGUACACGGUCACCCUGCCACCCGCUCAGCUGUCUUCGAGCGAUGAGGAGACCCGGGAGGAGCUGGCCAGGAUCGGCCUGGUACCUCCCCCAGAUGAGUUUGCAAAUGGGGUACUGGUCACCACCCCCGGCACACCUAUCAGCCAACUGGCUACUCCAGCAGUUGCCACGCCAUCCAUACCAGCGGCAGCAGUAGCACCUUCUACCACUGGUGGAACACCCUCAGGGAAGCCCUCUGAUGCCCCCACAGCCCCAGAGUCUGCUGCAGACUCAGGAGUAGAAGAGGUGGACACCAGAAGUUCAAGUGACCAUCAUCUGGAGACCACAAGCACCAUCUCCACCGUCUCCAGCAUGUCAACAUUGUCCUCGGAGAGCGGGGAGCCCACUGACACGUACACUUCCUUUGCGGAUGGACAAACUUUUAUACUCGAGAAGCCACCAGUGCCUCCAAAGCCAAAACUCAAGUCCCAGCUCAGCAAGGGGCCGGUUACUUUCAGGGACCCACUUUUGAAGCAGUCUUCGGACAGCGAGCUAAUCUCCCAGCAACACGCGGCCAUUCUGGCUUCUGCCAGCAUUGGCCGGCCACGCUACCUCUUUCAGCGAAGGUCCAAGCUGUGGGGGGACCCCCUGGACAGCAGGCCGAUCCACGGGGCUGAGGACGACAAACCAACUGUGAUUAGUGAGCUGAGUUCUCGGCUGCAGCAGCUGAACAAGGACACGCGCUCCUUGGGGGAGGAGCCCGCUGGGGGUGUGUUAGACCCUGGAAAGAAGUCUCCGGUGGUUGCGGCACGACUUUUCAGUAGUUUAGGAGAACUGAGUACCAUUUCCCAGCGCAGCUCUGGCACCACCUACACCGUGCGUCCCGGCAGCCGCUACCCUGUGACCCGCCGCACCCCCAGCCCGGUGAAGCCUGCCCUGGAUAGGACAGACCCUCUCAGCACCGUGCGGCCCUACGGGCUCACCCCGCCGGCCAUCCUCAAAUCCUCCAGCCUCUCCAUCCCGCACGAGCCCAAGGAAGUGCGCUUUGUGGUGAGGAGCGUUAGUGCCCGAAGCCGCUCGCCGUCGCCCUCGCCUUCCCCGGCCCCUCCCUUGCACACCCUCCACCCGCCUCGGCCCUUCGUGCAGAAGCCCCUGCAGCUGUGGAAUAAGUAUGAUGUCGGGGACUGGCUGGAAAGCAUUAACCUGGUGGAGCACAGGGACAAGUUUGAGGACAAUGAGAUUGAGGGCACCCACCUGCCGGCCCUGACCAAGGAGGACUUUGUGGAGCUGGGGGUGACGCGGGUCGGGCAUCGCAUGAACAUUGAGCGGGCACUCAAGCAGCUGGUCGACAGCUGACCCUCCCAGGCAGCCAGCGUGCUAGCGGGUGGGGGCAUUUCUCCUAGACCAGUCAACAGGAACCCCUCGCAUUCUCCUACUCUGGCCGCUGCACUGAAGGGCAGGGAGUGGGCAAGGACCUCCUCUCCCUUCCCCGCUCUCCAACAUGCAGGGCCCCCUGUGCACCUGGCGUCUCUCUCGGGGAACAGGGACUUUGCAUGAAAACCCACCCCUGUGUCUCUUCCUCCUGGGAAGUCCGCCCUGCGUUUCACAGGACGUGCCCUUCCCCAAGAGGGUCACUGGGAUGGGAGG